AUGAGAAAUAAAUUGACAGUUUUCUGUAGUUUGGAAUUGAGUGUCUUUUGUCUAUCUCUUUCUAAACUGGGUAGCACUUGCUUGGUGGCUGAUAAGGACUGGGGAGCUGAUUUCAGAAAGUUGUCUGGUGGUUCAGCUCUUGUUGGUCUUACUUUAUGGCUUGACCAUAUGCAGGAUGCAUCACUUGAGGGGUAUCCAGAGUCUCCCAAAUCAGUUGUCCUGAUAACUGGAACAGCAGAAUACAACAGGGUGUCCCUUGAAAGGACACUCAAGGCAUUCCUUUGGGAAAUGGGAUCUCCCUUUCUCCCUUGUCAAACAAGAAGUGGAAUCCUUGUGGCUAAGGCUCAUUCCCUUAGGAUGUGGUUGAAGGAAUCCCCUUUCUGCUUUGAUUUGGAACUGAAAGAUGCCCCCUCACUACCCGAGUUCAACUCUAUGCAUUUAAUCGAUGGCUGUUUUAUACGACGUGGCCUUGUUCCCGCCUUCAAUGACAUAACACAGAGACUUGGACAUGUCAGUCCCAAGAAAUUUUCCAGACUCGCUCUGUUACAGGAUGAUAAGAGAGACAAAGCUAUUCAAGUUGAAAUAGAUGAUAAGUUGAAGAAGACCAAAAAAACCUGCAAACUCAACAGGAGAAAAUAUAUUGCAAGAAAGAAGCAUCUUGUUCGGUAAAAA